UUCAGUCUUUCAGUUCGAACGGCACACUGCGUGUACAAUACAGAGAGAGGAGGAAUCCAUCACAUCUGUUUUCGAGACACUCUGGGGAUCGUUGUGACGAUAUGUCUUGCUGAAACGGAAGCGAACCGGUGCCAAGGAUGCUCGGCCGUGUGCGCGCCUCUUUCUUCAGCCUGGUGAUUGCCACAUCUCUGUUGCAAUGCGCACAGCAGCAAGAAAGCAGGCAGAGUAGAGAGGUGAUACUGAACAUCAGUGACGAUCAGAAAACUCAAUACCUAAAUCAAGACUUCUAUUCAAAUGCGUAUAAUUAUGGAUACGAAAUAAGUCCCAACGGACAAUUUCAUCACGAGGUACGAGGACCCGAUGAUAUCACUUAUGGAUGUUACGGAUACAUCGAUCCAUUUGGAAAACUAAAAACAACGUUCUACAUCAGCGAUGGUUGGGGAUAUCGGGUUAUUCAACCAGGGAACUCGGUUGAAUUGUUCCUUCACGAACACGAGCAUCACCACGGAGAUGACUCGGGACAACAUCAGCACGAGCACGAUGAUCAUCAUCACGAUCAUCACGGUGUGAUCACGGAAUGGGCGAAUUUAUAUUUUCCAGAAAUAUGUAGGCAAUUCGAUGGAACGGGUUCCGGGUCAAGCGUGGCACCAGUACCAGGAUAUCCUGGACAACAACCUGGAACACCAUCGCAACCUGGAUAUCCAGAAACACCGAGUUAUCCUGGAUAUCCUGGAACACCAGGAAAACCUGGACAACCCGGCACACCAGGUACACCUGGAACACCGGGCUAUCCCGGAAUACCGGGCACACCUGGAAUUCCAUCACAACCAGGCAAACCUGGAAGACCAGGCCAACCAGGACAUCCUGGAACUCCAGGUAAACCUGGCACGCCACCGCAACCUGGAUAUCCUGGAACACCUGGAACGCCAUCUCAACCUGGCAAACCUGGAACACCUGGCACACCAGGAUAUCCAGGCACACCUGGAAUACCAGGACAACCUGGAAAACCUGGAUAUCCAGGAAAACCAGGAACACCUGGAACACCAUCACAACCAGGAUAUCCAGGCACACCUGGAACACCAUCACAACCAGGAUAUCCAGGCACACCUGGAACACCAUCACAACCAGGAUAUCCAGGCACACCUGGAACACCAUCACAACCAGGAUAUCCAGGCACACCUGGAACACCAUCACAACCAGGAUAUCCAGGCACACCUGGAACACCAUCACAACCAGGAUAUCCAGGCACACCUGGAACACCAGGACACCCUGGAAAACCAGGAACACCAUCACAACCAGGGUAUCCUGGCACACCAGGAAAACCAGGAACACCUGGAACACCAUCACAACCAGGAUAUCCAGGCACACCUGGAAUACCAGAGCAACCUGGUCAUCCAGGAACACCUGGAACACCAUCACAACCGGGGUAUCCUGGAACACCUGGAAUACCAGGACAACCUGGGAAACCUGAAUAUCCAGGCACACCUGGAAUACCAGGGCAACCUGGACAGCCUGGAACACCCGGAACACCAUCACAACCAGGGUACCCUGGCAAACCAGGAAAACCAGGAAAACCAGGAACACCUGGAAUACCAGGGCAACCUGGACAGCCUGGAACACCAUCACAACCAGAGUAUCCUGGAACACCUGGAAUACCAGGGCAACCUGGACAGCCUGGAACACCUGGAACACCAUCACAACCAGGGUAUCCUGGAACACCUGGAAUACCAGGACAACCUGGGAAACCUGGAUACCCAGGCACACCUGGAAUACCAGGGCAACCUGGACAGCCUGGAACACCCGGAACACCAUCACAACCAGCGUACCCUGGCAAACCAGGAAAACCAGGAACACCUGGAAUACCAGGGCAACCUGGACAGCCUGGACCACCUGGAACACCAUCACAACCAGGGUAUCCUGGAACACCUGGAAUACCAGGACAACCUGGGAAACCUGGAUAUCCAGGCACACCUGGAAUACCAGGGCAACCUGGACAGCCUGGAACACCCGGAACACCCGGAACACCAUCACAACCAGGGUACCCUGGCACACCAGGAAAACCAGGAACACCUGGAAUACCAGGGCAACCUGGACAGCCUGGAACACCUGGAACACCAUCACAACCAGGAUAUCCAGGCACACCUGGAAUACCAGGGCAACCUGGACAGCCUGGAAAACCUGGAACUCCAUCACAACCAGCGUAUCCUGGUGUACCUGGAAUACCAGGACAACCUGGGCACCCUGGAACACCUGGAAUACCAUCACAACCAGAGUAUCCUGGCACACCUGAAAUACCAGGACAACCUGGGCAUCCUGGAUAUCCUGGAAAACCAGGAGCACCCGGAACACCAUCGCAACCAGGAUAUCCUGGCAAACCUGGAACACCAUCGCAACCAGGAUAUCCCGGUACACCCGGAAUACCAGGGCAUCCGGGACAACCUGGAACACCCUCUCAACCAGGAUAUCCUGGAAUACCAGGGCAACCUGGGCAUCCUGGGAAACCUGGAACGCCUGGAAUACCAGGGCAACCUGGUCAUCCUGGAACACCUGCAAUACCUGGAACGCCACCUCAACCCGGAUAUCCUGGAAAACCUGGCACACCUGGAACGCCACCACAACCUGGCUAUCCUGGAAUACCAGGACAACCAGGACAUCCUGGUACACCUGGAACACCAUCACAACCAGGGUACCCGGGCGCACCUGAAAUACCAGGGCAAUCUGGAUAUCCUGGGACACCAGGUACGCCCGGAUUACCAGGAACGCCUAGCAAACCUGGUAGGCCUGGAACACCACCUGUCCCAUCUUAUCCUGGAUACCCUGGUACACCAAGUGUUCCAGGCACCCCUGGUUCACCAGGAACACCUGGAAUACCUGGAACUCCACCAAUCCCACCUCAGCCAGGAUAUCCUGGCACUCCUGGCACACCAGGAAAACCUGGAAUACCUGGAACUCCACCAAUUCCACCGCAUCCUGAAUAUCCGGGCAGUCCAGGCACCCCAGGAGCACCUGGAACACCUGGAAUUCCGCCAAUCCUACCUCAGCCAGGACAUCCUGGUACACCAGGCAUACCUGGCAAACCUGGUAGGCCUGGAACACCACCUGUUCCAUCUUAUCCUGCAUAUCCUGGUACGCCAGGUGUGCCAGGCACCCCUGGUACACCAGGAACACCUGGAAUACCUGGAACUCCACCAAUUCCACCGCGUCCUGGAUAUCCGGGCAGUCCAGGCACCCCAGGAACACCUGGAACUCCAGGAACACCUGGAACUCCACCAAUUCCACCUCAGCCAGGACAUCCUGGUACACCAGGCAUACCAGGAAAACCUGGUAGGCCUGGAACACCACCUGUCCCAUCUUAUCCGGGAUAUCCUGGUACACCAGGUACGCCAGGAACACCUGGAAUACCUGGAACUCCACCAAUUCCACCGCAUCCUGGAUAUCCAGGCAGUCCAGGCACGCCAGGAACACCUGGAACACCUGGAACUCCACCAAUUUCACCACAACCAGGAUAUCCUGGUACACCAGGUACUCCCGGAAUACCCGGGACGCCACCAACUCCACCCCAACCAGGACAUCCUGGAACACCACCUUAUCCGGGAACUCCUAGUAAACCUGGACAUCCCCAGACGUCAAAACCAGGUCAACCCCCGUAUCCACCAUAUCCAGGAUACCCUCCUGCACCUGAAGGCCCAAUUGGCGGUGUAGGUCCGGAUGGUCCUCAAGGUCCAGAUGGUCCUCAAGGUCCUGGCGGGCCAGGAGGUCCUGACGGUGGAGUUGGAGGAAUAGGAGGAGUAGGUGGCGAUGGGCCUCCUGGUCCAGACGGUCCAUGGCCGACCGGUUCACCCGGUCCAGACGGUCCAUGGCCUGGUGAUCCGGGUUACGUGCCUGGCGUUCGGCCAACAACACGACCUCGGCACGAAGAGCCGAUCAAACUUCAAUAUCCCAUCAAGUAUUACGAACCUACAACGCCAACAACCAUCUACGAUCAUCCGUCUUAUGGACAGAAGCAAGUGGAAGGACUAACAUCCGGCUCGAAGUUCAGAUCGGAUUACUCAAAGAACGACACCUCGGAUGAAAAUUACGAGAAGACUGUCGAGUCUACAGCGUUUGCUUACCCAACGAAAAUAAGCAAUCCUUUGGGGGCGAAGGAUACGUAUACGAUCAGAGGUCAGUUCAGGAGACCUGGUUACCAGGCGGGUCAGGUAAACCAACAGGCGGACGAAAUUAAUUCGUUGCUGCAAGCGCAGCAAAAGGAAUCGCGCAAAUACACCGAGGUACAAGAAGGGCGGAGUAACUACGAAGGCGUUAAGAAAAUUGUGCCACAAAUUCCACAGGACACCUCAAGCGGUGUCGAACAUUUCAACGGCCAAGGUAGAUCAAUGCAACUGGGCUUCCGCGAGAAUCGUAAAUAUCCCUACCAACGAGUGAACGAGCCGGUGGUCCAGAUAGAGACGAGUUACGAUGGGGACGACGCCGCGCUUGCCAAACAGGUAAAUCAACUGUCCGAGAAAUCCAACCGACCGACCUCGGACUUCACCGCGAUCGGUGUUCAACCACCGAACCCGAUCGACGCCAAGCUCUACGAGCAAUCCGUAGGGCCAGACCCUCGAACCUGUCCCUGCUACCUUGUCGAGCCUGGCAACGAUACAGUUACCACCACGAGCACGACAUCCGUUCCCCUGGUCGGUCAGCUUGGCUUCAUCCCGGUGAUAUUCGUACCGUACUGUCCCGGCGGGGAUGAAACGGACGGUGAAAGCAUGAAGGACAUGUUCCCAUCGGCGAUGCCUGUCCCGUAUGCAUGCGACGCGUGCGGCUUCCAAACUGGCAAGCUCGAAACGAAGCUCAUCAACGCGAGCCAACUUGGCAAUAUAGAGAAUCUACGCGAGGCGUUGCGGCAGGCGAAACUUGGCUUUCUCAAUGUUUCAGCGCGCGACCGGAAGGCGAGGAGAAGGGCGAAGAGUCGGUACGCCAAGUGACGAGUGCGACUGCAGCGCACAGAUUUCAGUUCGCCACUUGGCCGCGGUUACGUCUCGAGGGAACCGCUGGUGAAACAAAAAAUCACCGUUUGUCUGUCAGUCAGCUGCUGGACGGCUGAGCGAUGACACAAGAUCGGGAAACAAGAAUGAUUAUUAUCUCGUGGUAAAUGGGCAUAACUAAUACGUUCUUGCUAGUAAUUAAGUGGAAGGUGACAGGGUGAGUGUUGGUAACAGGUUACGUUUAGAACGCUCGCGUGCGUUAUGGUUAUUAUCCAGAUGUACGUAUCACACUGGCUGGUGUAUAGUGUUCUUUUUUUUCUUUUUUCUCUUCUUUAACUCGGAUGGGAAUUCACGGGGAAAAUUUAUAACGGUUAAGCCUGGAAAAUAGGACGUUGCUGCUCGCUGCAGAGAAACGAACAAAAAUGAAAUGGAACGCAGAGCGCAGCAUUGUCUACGAGAACAGUAAAUUAUUAAUAUUCCGCGCUUUGUUUUUCUUUUUUUUUUUUUUUUUGUUUCAUAACGUUAAAGAAUACGAGAGUCGUCGUCUUGUAAGGAUAUUUAUGUAUCGAGUAUAAAUGUUUCCGUAGUUCUUCUUCUUCGUAGUUGUAACGACGCAAAUAUAUAUAUAUAUAUUUAGUUUAUUAUUUUCUAAUUAUUAUCACUUAGUAUUUAAUUUCGAGGAUAUCGUUUUCGUUUCGCUCGAUGUUGAUCGCACGAGUAACUAGAAACUAACUGGACAGUUAAUCGUCACUUUCUUUCGAGUCUUCUCCGCCUGAAUUGUACGAACAUCGCGAGAAACGACAUUGUCCGCAUUACGCUCUCGUGUUUAACGUAUGCUUGAGAUUAAAUAUUGAUUGUGCAAGUGCUAAUACGUAUUGUAAUUUCUAUUGGGCACGUACAGGACGAUCGUCACG